AUGUCAGGGAGCAACCAAGACCUGGCGCUCAUUAAAGAACUAGAGCUCAUCUUGGAUUCCUGCACACUGGAGCUCACGCCAGUGGAUGAAGUCUGGCCCAACCUGUACAUAGGAAAUGUGGCCGUGGCACAAAAUAAAAAGAAAUUACAGAAACUCGGCAUCACUCAUGUCCUGAAUGCUGCACACUCCAAGCAGGGCAGCAUCGGUGACCAGAGUUACUAUGGGAACACCUGCGUUUACUUUGGCAUCCCAGCAGAGGAUUCAGACCAUUUUGAUCUCAGUCAGUACUUGAAACCUGCAGCUGAUUUCAUACAUAAAGCCCUGAAGAGCAAAGAUGGAAAAGUGUUGGUGCAUUGCAUCAUGGGAAUGAGUCGAUCGGCCACUUUGGUCCUGGCUUACUUCUUGUUGCGGCAGCGUCUCCCUCUCAGAGAUGCUCUGAGGCAUGUUGUCCAAAAACGAGCCAUUUAUCCCAACCAGAACUUCCUGUCACUCCUCCUCAAACUGGAUGAACAGCUGACACUCAAACGGCAGUUUUGUCCUCUUCUCUGACAUCUCUUCCUCCUUUUU